AUAUAAAUAGGUAUUCGUUUCUCUUUGGAUGUUUCACGUGAUGAAGUCAAAGCCUUGUCGGCACUAAUGACAUUUAAGUGCGCCUGUGUCGAUGUACCAUUUGGUGGUGCCAAGGCUGGACUCAAGAUCAACCCCAAAGAGUACUCCGAACAUGAAUUAGAGAAGAUUACCCGCCGUUUCACCCUUGAGUUAGCGAAGAAAGGCUUCAUUGGACCCGGUGUUGAUGUGCCAGCACCGGAUAUGGGUACGGGAGAGCGUGAAAUGUCCUGGAUUGCCGACACAUAUGCCAAAACGAUUGGCCAUUUAGAUAUCAAUGCACAUGCUUGUGUAACUGGUAAACCUAUCAACCAGGGUGGUAUCCAUGGGCGUGUAUCAGCGACGGGUCGUGGUGUUUUCCACGGUCUGGAGAACUUUAUCAAUGAAGCCAACUACAUGAGCAUGAUUGGCACCACUCCUGGCUGGGGCGGCAAAUCUUUCAUUGUGCAAGGUUUUGGUAAUGUCGGUUUGCACACUUGUCGUUACUUGACCCGUGCCGGUGCCACCUGUGUUGGCAUUAUUGAGCACGAUGGCUCCAUCUACAAUUCGGAGGGUAUUGAUCCUAAGGAAUUGGAGGAUUACAAGAACGAACACGGCACCAUUGUCGGCUUCCCGAAAGCUAAGGCCUACGAGGGUGAGAAUUUGAUGUUUGAACCAUGUGACAUCUUCGUGCCAGCUGCUGUUGAGAAAGUCAUCACCAGCGAGAAUGCACACAAGAUCCAAGCUAAGAUCAUUGCCGAGGCUGCCAACGGUCCAACCACGCCAGCAGCCGAUAAAAUUUUAAUUGAACGCAACAUUUUGGUUAUUCCCGAUUUGUACAUAAACGCCGGUGGUGUAACCGUAUCAUUCUUCGAAUGGCUGAAAAACUUAAACCACGUCUCUUACGGACGUUUAACCUUCAAAUAUGAACGCGAAUCCAACUAUCAUCUGCUUGCCUCAGUCCAACAAUCCAUUGAACGAUUUGUUUUAGACGAAUCUGUUCAAGAAUCCCUGGAACGUCGUUUCGGUCGUGUCGGUGGCCGUAUCCCAGUCACUCCCUCGGAAGCAUUCCAGAAGCGAAUCUCUGGUGCAUCUGAGAAGGAUAUCGUACACUCUGGCUUGGACUACACAAUGGAGCGUUCGGCACGUGCCAUCAUGAAGACCGCUAUGAAAUACAACUUGGGCUUGGAUUUGAGAACUGCAGCUUAUGUGAAUUCCAUUGAGAAGAUAUUCACCACAUACCGCGACGCUGGCUUGGCUUUCUAAGUAAUAUGCAAUGCAUGGGAUGCGACAAAAUAUCACCUAACUAGAAUUAUAAGCAACCAGUUGAGCAAAUAGUACAGUGGAGGCACAUCAUUUAAAUAAUAAUUAAAAUACGCAAUAAAUAAAAAUAAUAAAUUCACUCACUUAAAAAAAGAAACAAAAAGCAUUCAUGAAUAUUUAAACUAUCAUAAAUUUUAUUCAAUGUGAAUCGAAUCAUAAAUUUCAAUUAUAUAAAUCUUAAUUAUUCGUAAAAAGAGAUAUAAAACAAUGUCAACGUCCUGCCAUUCGUCUCAAGUUUUAACAACAUGCGUACAUAUUUACAGAUGUGCAUACAUAUAGCACACUUUUGAUGAGUUAGUGUCCGAAUAUACAUACAUAUGUAUUAAAAUAUGUACGAAAGUGACGCAUACAUUAUUGACAUUUCGGCACCGCUUUGGUGCUAAGCCGAUACUCAAUCAGGAACUCGCUAUCAACUUACGAUGUUAUCUAAUGACUAUUAAAUGUGUAUAAAUAUGCUUGCUGUAAUUUAUUUUACAAA